AGUGACGACAUUAUAGCGCCAACGUUGAAAGAUAUACAGAGGCUCUGGCAGAAGAGUUUUGAAGAUGAGAGGCCAGGGUGGAGGUUACUCGAGAGGAGGUUCUGCGGGAGGCUCCGGGGCUUGGACAGGUAGGAGAGGGGGAUGGAAUUCUGGACAGAACCGUUCCUGGAGGGGGCGACCUUGGAGCAGAGGACACAUCAACUCGACAGCAAGCCACUCGCAACGAGGCCCAGGGCAUGUGCCACAACAGCCUCAGGUGAUACAAGCGACCCUUGACAUAACAUGCCCCUACAAAGGGUGGACACUCUAUUUUUCCCAAGGUUUUGUUGAGAGCGGUCCAUACAUUGAAAAGAUAAAGGCAUUUGAACAAUACUUCCUAUCACAAAUAGAGCUUUAUGACAAGGAUGAAAUUGAAAACAAAGGCAGCAUCUUGGUGGACUUCAAAGACUGCCUUCAGAAUAAGCAGCUCUCUAGUGCUUUGCCUGAUUUAGCCAAAGAGCUCAGAGAGAUGCCUGAUAAAACCCUAGACUGCCUAGGCCUUGCCAUACAUCAAGUCUUGACAAAGGACCUGGAGAGACAUGCUGCUGAAUUAAAGAGCCAGGAAGGAAUGCCCAGUGAUGCUACGCCAAUCAUUAACAUACCACAUAUCAGUGCUAGGGUGUAUAACUAUGAGCCGCUCACUCCACUGAGGACACUAAGGGCCAACCUGUAUGGAAAGUAUGUUGCCAUCAGGGGCACAGUAGUGCGGGUCAGCAACAUCAGGCCAAUCUGCACCAAACUGGCCUUUACCUGCAACAACUGUGGUGACACCCAGAGCCUGCACUUGCCUGAUGGGAAGUUCACUACACCCACAAAGUGUUUGCAGUAUGAAUGUCGAGGCCGAUCUUUCACUCCAAACCGAAGUUCACCCCUGACCCUUACAGUAGACUGGCAAUCCAUAAAGGUUCAGGAGCUGAUCUCCGGUGACCAGAGGGAGUCCGGCCGGAUCCCACGAACCGUCGAGUGUGAGCUGACUCAGGACCUGGUGGACAGCUGUGUGCCUGGAGACAUGGUCACCAUCACUGGCGUGGUCAAAGUUUCCAGUGAUGAAGGAGCCGGGAGGAACAAAAAGGACAAGUGCAUGUUCCUGUUGUACAUUGAGGCAAACUCUGUCAGUAACUCCAAGGGUCAGAAGUCAAAGGUCAGCUCUGAGCCGGAAUGCCAGGGUACAUCGAUGGAGUUUUCUCUCAAGGAUCUCUACGCUAUCCAGGAGAUCCAAGCCCAAGAGGAUCUACUCAAACUAAUUGUCAAUUCCCUCUGCCCAGCCAUAUAUGGGCAUUUGUCGGUGAAAGCAGGACUGGCUCUGGCCUUAUUUGGUGGCUGUCAAAAAUAUGUUGAUGACAAGAACCGAAUCCCUAUCAGAGGAGACCCCCAUAUGCUGAUUGUUGGUGAUCCAGGUCUUGGCAAAAGUCAGAUGUUACAGGCUGUGUGCAAGGUUGCUCCACGUGGCAUCUAUGUGUGUGGGAACACCACCACUACCGCUGGGUUGACCGUGUCUUUGUCCAGAGACAGUGGCACUGGAGACUAUGCGUUAGAGGCUGGGGCUUUGGUGUUGGGAGAUCAAGGUAUCUGUUGCAUUGAUGAGUUUGACAAAAUGGGCAGUCAGCACCAGGCCCUUUUGGAAGCUAUGGAGCAACAGAGCAUCAGUCUGGCCAAAGCGGGGAUUGUGUGCACACUUCCUGCCCGGACAUCGAUCAUCGCCGCUGCCAACCCAGUGGGAGGUCACUAUAAUAAGGCCAAGACUGUCUCGGAGAACCUCAAGAUGGGGAGCGCCCUGCUCUCCAGGUUUGACCUGGUCUUCAUCCUUCUGGACACGCCCAAUGAAGACCACGACCACAUGCUGUCGGAGCACGUCAUGGCUAUGCGCUCAGGCAGGAAGGGCACACUCAGCAGUGCCUCAGUGAGCCGCUGCAGCACCCAGGACUCCAACAUCUCCAUCCUGGAGAUCCCCUCCGACAAACCCCUCUCUGAUAGGCUUAAGGUGACACCUGGUGAAAACUUUGACCCCAUCCCUCACCAGCUACUGAGGAAGUACGUGAGCUAUGCCCGCCACUACGUCCACCCCACCUUGUCAGCUGAGGCUGCGCAGGUGCUGCAGGACUUCUACCUGGAGCUGCGGAGACAGAACCACGGGACCGACAGCACGCCCAUCACCACCCGCCAGCUGGAGUCUCUCAUACGACUCACAGAGGCGAGGGCCCGACUAGAGCUUCGGGAGAAAGCCACUCAAGCUGAUGCUGAGGAUGUGGUGGAGAUUAUGAAGCACAGCCUAACGGACACUUUCUCGGAUGAGUUCGGGCGUUUGGACUUUGAGCGUUCUCAGCUGGGCUCAGGGAUGAGCAACAGGUCAAAGGUGAAGAGGUUUGUGGCUGCACUCAAUCAGGUGGCUGAGCGCAUGCACAAAACCACCUUUGAAUAUCAGCAGUUGCGGCAGCUGGCAAAGGAACUGAACAUUCAGGUUAUGGAUUUUGAGGGUUUUGUCAGUACCCUGAAUGAACAGGGCUACCUCUUGAAGAAAGGAAACAAACUUUACCAACUACAGACCAUCUGACAUUGAAGUGUCACCAGUGCCUUGCCCAAAUGUACAGUUUAAUGUAUAUUGAGUACAUUUUGAAAUUAUUUGUUAAACCUGUUUAUUUUUGUUCACUACUUUUCUUUAUGUUAAAUAA